UUGGCCUACCGUCACUUUAAUUAAUACCCAAACAAAUGCAUUAUUAUAGUAUAGAAGUCUCUCUACUAUAGUGUAUAUAUAUAAUCGCAUGUUUGUGUAUAUUUGUGUUAAUUACAAUAAAAUGAGCCUUCUUAUUAGUAAUUCUCUCACAACAUUAAUCUCUCUUGGCGCCGGCCGGCAACGGCAAUCAAGAUCCGGUCAUCCGAUUUCAUCAAUUUUGGCCAAACAAGACCAGAAUCCGAUCUCUCCGCCGUUCGAUUUCAAUCGAUACACGCUCGAGAAGGCCGACUCCGUGAACCGAGCUCUGGCCGCGGCGGUGGAGAUGAAGGAGCCUUUAAAGAUCCACGAGUCCAUGCGCUACUCCCUCCUCGCCGGCGGGAAGCGCGUGCGCCCCAUGCUCUGCAUCGCCGCCUGCGAGCUCUUCGGCGGCGACGAGCCCACGGCCCUCCCGGCGGCCUGCGCGGUGGAGAUGAUCCACACCAUGUCCCUGAUGCACGACGACCUCCCCUGCAUGGACAACGACGCCCUCCGCCGCGGCAAGCCCACCAACCACCGCGUCUUCGGCGAGGAGACCGCCGUCCUCGCCGGCGACGCGCUCCUCUCCUUCGCCUUCGAGCACGUGGCUCUGGCGACGCGCGGGGCGUCGCCAGAGAAGGUGGUGAGGGUGUUGGGGGAGCUGGCGAGGGCGAUCGGGGCGGAGGGGCUCGUGGCGGGGCAGGUGGUGGACAUCUGCUCGGAGGGGAUGGCGGAGGUGGGGCUGGAGCAUCUGGAGUUCAUCCACCACCACAAGACGGCGGCGCUGCUGGAGGGGUCGGUGGUUUUGGGGGCGAUUUUGGGGGGAGGGGAUGAGGAGGAGGUUGGGAAGCUGAGGAAGUUUGCCAAGUGUAUUGGGCUGCUGUUUCAGGUGGUGGAUGACAUCUUGGAUGUGACGAAAUCGUCGGCGGAGUUGGGGAAGACGGCGGGGAAGGAUUUGGUGGCGGAUAAGACGACGUACCCGAAGCUGCUGGGUAUCGACAAAUCAAGGGAAUUGGCGGAGGAAUUGAAUCGGGAGGCGCAGGAGCAGCUGUCUCACUUUCAUCCACACAAGGCGGCUCCAUUGAUUGCUCUUGCCAAUUAUAUUGCUUAUAGGGAUAAUUGAUCCUCUACAUUUCAUCAACAAUCCAUAAUCAUUUAAUUAUUUCUCUUGUUAUAUCUAUCAGUUUUUCAAAAGUAAUUGAAAAUCAGGCAUACUUUGGCGCGCA